AUGUUGAGACAAACUGUCUCCAGAUUCGCAUGCGGCCGGCGCUUAUCAGCCGCCAGAUGGUACUCUACGCGAGUAGACGAACACUUGGAAGUGAAUCCAAAAGAGGACCACCACGAGCAAGACCAAACAGACUUGUCGGAACAAGGCGAGACAGAUACUCUUCCUUGGGAGAACUCUAAGGAUACACAAGAACACAUUGUUUUGAGACCAUUCAUACCUAAAAAAUCAAAACUAGAAAACAUCAAACACGACUUGAGGGCUUAUCGACAGACUGUUGAUCUGGGCACUGCAAAAGACGAACUGGAAGUGGUUGAGUUUGAAAAAGGUCUGAGAAACCUCAUGGUUUUCAAGAUUCCCCCAACUGACAACCAGAUGUUCAAAGAUCUGGAUCAGUUGCAGCCUGGAUUCAGCAGCAUAUCCAAGAAUCAGAACGAAAUUUUGCUGGAAUCUUUGGUGAAAGGAUACAAGAAAGCGCAGCUACUGGAAUAUAUCGAGUACAAACGGAAAGGUACUUGUUCUUCGUCCCUUUCUAAAAAGAAACUUGCCCAGUUCAUUAUCAACAAGUGCUGGGAAUUGAAAAUCACAAAGACGGCGUCCGAUGAAGUUCUCCAGGAAGCACGGAUAACCAUACAAAAUAAAAAGGAAGCAUUUUUGCUACUCUCUCAUUCUGGCUAUCUGUUGCAGUCUUGGACCCGACUCGGGGCCAAAGUCGAACUGAGUCCGAAUUUGAGCUAUCUGCGAGUUCUUGGAGACGAGUCGCUUGUGAAUUUUGUCCAGGCAUCGUGGAACUACCUGUUAAAUCAUGUUAGUACAACGUUGGCUCCAAUGAACCGGCUAUCCUCUUUUUACUCCAAGGUUUUACAUCGGAAGAUGCCGAUCCCCGAGCUCCAGAAACUGAGUAACGUUUAUUUUGAAGAGGUCAUCAAGCACGACAAGCUUUACCAGCUCAGUACGUUUAACUCUGCCAAUUUGCAGCUGGCCAAGUCGCUGCUUUUAGCUGCCACCGAUUUCUCAGCUACAUCACAUAAGCAUCUAGGAUUUUCGACAAUUCCAUCAGCACACACAAAACUCUACCAGGAUUCCUCGUUGCCUUGGUGGGCCGUGGGACCUCUUUAUAGAUACGAGUCUCCGAGAAAAAAGGUCCAAAGUACGCCUCUGAAAAUCUCUCCUGACCCUACGACUCUGUCACAAGAGGUUGAUGAUUUGAGAUCGCGGGUGCUACAAGCUCCUGACAACUUCCAGCGCAACUUCCUUGAUCAGUCGGAUAGAUCAGGAGCCAACCAAGAGGUUCCACAGCCGGUCAAGUUGGACAUUCCUGAAACCAAUCCUUCGUGGAUGUCUCAGACUGCCGAGAUUUUCCAACAACUCAGUCCUGCUGUUGAACCCGACGCAAACUGGCUGCCAAGAACGUACAAUGCUACUUUCGGAAAGCUUUUGUUCCAUAACGCGGACUCUGGCUCGCGGUUUUUCCAUGCCAACCUGCCAAACGUUAACAAAAAAUUGGCCAAUCUUAGUUUACUCGACAAAGAGGCCCGGUUCUUUGGGUUUGCUGGAGGUAUUAAAAACAACUUUGACCACGCACUACAAAUCAAGCUUGUUCCUGACGCGUAUGAGAAGUUCGAGAACUUUGUCAGUUUGCCCAACUUGGAGAUCUGGUUCCAAAUCUCGAAAAAUAAAAUCGACCUUUCUUCGUGCACCGUUUAUGUGAACGAAAACGAGAUGAACUGUCCGAUUGCGCUACCCGACCUUCACCACGACAUCGUUUUCCAAUCUACAUGCAACUCUGUGCUUUUGGAUGCUGCCGAUCCGUACAACCCAGAGCGCAAGGAGCAAAAACCGUUGCUGUCUCUGUUCAACUCUCUUUCUGAGAAUUUGCUGGACAUGUCCGACACCGACGCCGUCAACCAGCUGGUUAACGCGCUGGUCUCGCACCCGAUCCCGAUCCAACUGAAAAAUCACCAAGAACCGGUGAAUUUCCUCGUUACUUCGAUCAACAGACGUCGGACCAUCGAGCUCGACUUUGACGGCUGCCACCUGAUGUACGACGUGAUUGCAAACGGCCAAAACGAGAGGUUCGAGGUUUCGCUACUGGCUCCCCAAACCGAUGCUGAAAUGGACAAGGACCAGUUUGAGAAGUUUGCCAAAUCGGUCAACAGGUUCGUUAACUACAUCCAAUAA